AUGGCUGAAAAGAACGAUAGAUCUCCCCUGCACACGGCUGCGCGCGAGCGUAAAGUCGCCAUCGCGGACGGCUUGCUCAAGACAAACCCAAAGCUAUCACAGAAGAAGGAUGAUGAUGGUCGUUAUGCGAUUCAUUGGGCGGCCUCGUCCAACUGCUUGGAUAUCGUCGUCAUGCUCGCCAAUCAGUCGUCCUUUGAUCCGGACGUGCAGGACGGGAGCGGCUGGACGCCGCUUAUGAUUGCCGCCAGCGUUCCCGAGAGCGACGACGUCAUCAAGGUGCUCCUCAAAGCCGGCGCCGAUGUCAAUGAGAAGAGUGCACCCCCCCUCCCCUUCAUCCAAGCUUCGCCUACCUCAUCUAACCUGGCUCCCACAGACAACGGCGGGCAGACCGCGCUGCACCUCGUCGCCUCCAAGCAGAACCUCGACACGGCGCGACUCCUACUCGAGCACAAGGCCUCGACGCGCGUCCGCGACCGCCGCGGACAGUACCCGCUGCACCGCGCCGCCGCCGUCGGCUCCGCGCCCAUGUGCCGCCUGCUUCUCGGUAAGCUCAGCCCGACCAACCCGCAGGACGUCGAGGGCUACACGCCGCUGCACCACGCGGUCGCCGAGGGCCACGGCGACGCCGCCGUCGCGCUGCUCAAGGAGGGCGCGGACCCGACGGCGGAGAACGCGCAGGGCGAGCGCCCGCUGGACUUGGCGCCGGACAAGGAGAUGCGCACGUAUAUACUGCGUGGCGCGGAACGCGAGGGCAUCGACCUGGAGGGACAGUGA